UACUGUUAAAGAUGAUCCGGGUAGAGGAUGCUGAGAGGGAAACACUCAGCCAGAGAGAAAGGAGGCAUGUCUUUCCAUGGACUGAAAUCCAUCCAUUGAGGAAAGAGAAGUGUAGUUUCCUUAGAGAAACACUGCAAUGCUGGAGGUUGGGGAACUAGAGGUACAGAGAGGGUGAAGGGAACUUUCCCAACAAUAGAAAAGGACUUUUCUAGAUAAGAGAGAGGGGGGAAUUGGCUGCUUGUCAGAUGACAGCAAGACUGAGAAAGGUUUAAGGGGUGAAUCCAGAAAGGCAGCAUGGGGCUGAGGAUGAAGGAUUGUGAAGACAAACGGAAGGCCAAUGGGGUGCAUGAGAUUAAGAGCUAUGGGCAGGCAAAUGGGAAAUGGGAAAGCAAUGGGAAAGCAGUGACCAAUGGUCAGCCUCAAGGGAAACAAGAGGCAAAUGGGAAGCCUGUGGCAGGCAGCAGUGAACUGCCAAUGUAUACCUGGGAGGAAAUCAAGAAGCACAACCUUCAGACAGACCAGUGGCUGGUGAUCCGUCGGAAGGUCUACAAUGUUACCAAGUGGGCAGACAAGCAUCCAGGAGGUAGCCGGGUCCUCAACCACUAUGCUGGAGAAGAUGCCACGGAUGUAUUCAUGGCCAUGCAUCUGGACCAGGCUGUGGUGCAGAAGUACCUAAAGACCCUGCUGAUUGGAGAACUGGCCCCUGGGGAACCUAGUCAAGAACAAAAUAAGAAUGUCCAGCUGGUUGAGGAUUUCAGAGUACUGAGGAAGACAGUGGAAGACUUGAACCUGUUGGAGCCCAAUCUCCUCUUUUUCUUCACUCACCUCAUCCAGAUUCUGCUUUUGGAGGCUUUGGUUUGGUUCCUACUGAGAAGCUUCGGCAAUGGCUGGCUUAUGACAAUCUUUAUUUCUUUUCUACUUACAGUUUCCCAGGCCCAGGCUUCAUUUUUGCAGCAUGACACUGGACAUCUCUCCAUCUUUAAGAAAUCCAAGUGGAAUCAUCUCAUGCAUAAGUUCGUGAUGGGGCAUAUAAAGGGCAUGUCACCAAAGUGGUGGAAUUAUCGUCACUUCCAGCAUCAUGCAAAGCCCAAUAUCUAUCCCAAAGACCCAGAUAUUGACAUGGGGCCACUUUUUGUGCUCGGGGAGUCACAACCAGUCAAGUAUGGCAAGAAAAAAAUCAAGUAUAUUGAUUAUGAAAAACAGCAUCUAUACUUCUAUGCAGUUGGGCUUCCCCUUCUCAUGCCAGUCUAUUUCAACAUGCAAUCCAUUCAAGUGUCAUUCCAACGGAAGGAAUGGGGGGAACUUGCCUUGAUCAGUAGCUUUUAUAUUCGAUAUUUCAUCACCUACAGAUCUUACUAUGGAAUUAUUGGGACUGUACUUCUCAUAUAUCUGGUCAAGUUGCUGGAAAGCCCCUGGAUUGCAUUAGUUACCCAGAUGAGCCACAUUCCAAUGAGGAUGAGUAAGGAGGAGAACCAGGACUGGUUUAGCACACAGGUUUUGGCCACCUGUAAUGUUAAGCAAUCCUUCUUCAAUGACUGGUUCUCUGGGCAUCUCAACUUCCAAAUUGAACAUCACUUAUUUCCCACCAUGCCUCGCCAUAAUUAUUACAAAAUUGCACCACUGGUGAGGUCAUUAUGUGCUAAGUAUGGAAUGGACUAGAACAAACCAAUGCUGAAAGCAUUUGGGGGACAUUGUCAGGUCACUGAAGAAAUAUGGUGAUCUCUGGGUGAAUGCUUACUACAACACUUGAGAUGGAAAAAAUGCAUCAGAUCUUCAGCACAGACUGGGAAAAGGGAAAGAGAUUUUUCAUCGCUUUAUUAUCUUUGAAUGUUGGAGAACUUUGACUAUGCCAAUGUGCUUUCCAGACCAAAGAUACGGAAGCACCAGUCCUUGCUCUGUAGGACUAUUAUUCAAAAUAAGAAACAGGGGAAAGAAAGGUGUGAUUGUGUUAAAAGAGAGUAGAAAUGUGGGAUUCUUUUUUGCACAUCAAAACUAGUCAUUUCAACAGGGCCAAUCUAGUCCACCUUCUUUGAUAGGGAGUGCAAAGGAACAGUCAAUCAUUUCAUAAAAAUAGUUCUCUGAGAAGGAUUGUCCAAGAGUCAUUUAGGCAAAUAAUAAAAAGUCACAUUUCUCUAGUGUUUUAAAGAUUUCAAAGGGCUUUCUUUCCCCUACAACAAUCUUGGGAUGAAUUUUCUUUAAGUACCAUCAUGAACAUUUUUACAAAGAAAGAAAUUGAGGCCCAGAGAGAUUAAUCACAGAAAAUAGUAUUGUAUCCCUUGCACUCUUAGUAGAUAGGAAAACAGGGACAAUUAUUGCUUGGAUGAAGGAGGACCUGUUUGUUGAAUGACUUUUUCGAAUGAAAAAUCUAAUUCUUCUGAUUCUACAGUCAAUAAGAGCUAAUAUUUCCAUCCAAUUGGAAAAGCACUUAGCCACCUUCUCUGUUACUAGCUUCAUUUCACUGUUGAGAAACCUCAGGCUCAAGGAAUAGAAUUAAUUCAGUCAUAUUUACACAAAGGUGGGAAGCAAAAUGUGAAUCCGGAGUUCUCUUGAUUCCAUGUCCAUUCAGAACACUAAGCAUCAUGACACAAUCUCUUGGGACCACAAGGCUAACAUGCCUCCUGGCUCAAUAGCUUGAGGAAGGCUUUUUAAAAAGAUCAUCUGAGGUCAGAAUGGUUUUCUCUCUCUUCCAUACAAAAUCCUUUUGUUCACCACUUCCAAGGAAUGCAAUUCUCUCUUGAGUUGUCUAGACUACAUGCCUGUGUUCAUGCUUCAUCCAACAGCCCAUAGAAUCAGAAGGGACUAGAACCAAUGGAGAGGCCAGACCCAGCUAAGGCAUAGCUCAGCUGGAGGUUCAUAUGACAAAGGAUCUAUACAAUCUCAUCACCUUAGACUCUUAAUAUCAUUUGGGAAAACUCUUCUAAUUCUCCCUAAUGUUUAGUGUUCUUUCUCUCCACAAAAUGACUUGAAUUUAUUAUUCUAUUCAUAAACCAUAUUCUUCCAAGAGAAUGGAAGCUCCCUGAGGGCAGGAACCAUCAUUUUUUUUCUCAUUUUGUCAUUGUCAUUGUCAUUCUUCUAUCUAGGAAAUUCCUAAUAAAUACUUUUAGUGGAUCU